UAAUCUUCUCCCCCAGACAACCAAAGCGUCUCGGAUACAACUUUAGCCUUCGUAACUUUCCCAAACUCCUAACUUCCGGCCUUCCCUCCAACCUCUUUUUGCUUCUUCCCCAUUCCCAACUUCCUUUGCCACACGCAUACCAUCAAACCAAUACCAACUCCCAUCACUCGCGACAAGAAAACUAUCCCUAUCGUAUUUAUUCCGGUGCCGUAUUUCGACCAAUUUUCGCUUCCUUAUUGACAGAAUCCCCAAUCCGACCGUUGUCAAAUCACCAUCCGCCAAAAAUGUCGACCCAAGAAGCUCCCUACGAUCCUUACAUCCCCAGCGGCCAGUCCGCACCCCAGCAGGGCGGCAACAACCGAACGCAGGCGUUGCAGGCUCAAAUCGAUGACACCGUCGGUGUCAUGCGAGAGAAUAUCAACAAGGUCUCGCAACGUGGUGAGCGUCUCGAUGCCCUGCAAGAUAAGACCGACAACCUAGCCGUCUCCGCCCAGGGCUUCCGCCGCGGUGCGAACAGAGUUCGUAAGCAGAUGUGGUGGAAGGACAUGAAGAUGAGGAUGUGCCUGAUUGCCGGUGUCAUCAUCCUGAUUCUAGUUAUUGUCAUCCCCUCCGUCCUCGCAAGCCAGGGCAAGGUCUAAUUUAAUUACAUUGUACAUCACUGGGGUACAUCAAGUGCAGAUCAACUUGAUGGCACGAACGACGGGUUGAAUCUCGCGGGCUACGAGCAUCAGCGCAUGGGACGAUGUCGAACAUGAUGAAAGAAUAAAAAAAAAUCUUCGGAGUCGCUAGCACAGAAAGAGGAGUUUGUCUUUGAUGAUUUGGCCGGUCUUCUUUCUUUGGCUCGCAAACGUAACGAAUUCGGAACGCUUAGGAUACCACCGACGCCCUGAUCACUCACACACCUCCCCACACCUUUGAGGGCAGAGCGGCGGAGGAAACCAAACACUUGUAUGUAUGAUGGCGAGGCGUUUUUCGACUAAUUUAAGAUAUCUUACGAACCCCCCACCUUCGAGAUGGAUGAUGCUUAAUGGCGUAUAAACUAAUUACUUUCUACAUACCUUGGCCUUUGCUCCUACUAUGAAUCUGUUCUUAGCCUUCUUUACGAAUAGUGAUGUUAGCCGCUGCAUAUGAGAUUCUUAACCUCGAGAUUGUGGUAGUCGUCAUUCUGAAAUUAAAUCCCGUGAUGAAUGCAGUGGUUGCUUUAAAGUUCCCAGAUCAGUUCCACGAACUAUUCAACUACAUGUUGUACCCGUAACCGUUGCCUUAGCUCUUUGUCUUAC